AUGUUUUACCCUGGUGACUUACGUUCUGGCAUCGCCCUUGCCUUGCAAGAAGCGAAGCCGGUCGCAUGUUUUGUUGUAGAUCAGAGCCCCGAAAGUGCUGCGUGGCAAUCUAGUCAUCUCGUGGAUGAACAAGUGACAAGAGCGCUCAAUGCGAAGGCGAUAACCUUACGCAUAGAGGCAGCCUCCGAGGAGGCUGGUAACGGACAUCUUCUCCUAGAGCUUCGCGCUGGUACUCCGCAGCAUGAAUUCAAAGCCGCCAUCCUCAGGGCACUGAGCUCUACGCCAUCGGCAACAAACCCCAUCAGCAUCUCACAGACCUCUUCGCAAGACCUGAGUCGUGAUGAGCGUCUCUCCGAGUCUACAUCUCCCGAAGAACAGAUCAAUACACCGCUGAACAGCCCUGCCGACUCAGUUUCGGCUAUUACUAGUACCUCUAGUCACACGCGCGCGCAGAAUUCAAACGCUACAGCAAGCGACGCAACCCCAAGCGCUGCCAUCUCAUCGAGUGAUGUACAACAAGGCUCUGUCGUUGAACGACUUCUAUCAGAGCGUCGUAGCAAGCUGGAAAAGAAGAAAGAGGAGAAUGAUGCAGCACUCAAAGCUGAGCGGAAGGCUAAAGCAAAAGAACGAGCCGCGACGUUGGGCGUGGAUCCCAAAACUCUCGAUAGUAAACAGGCCCAGUAUGCUCAGCAGCGACGACAACGUGAAACCGAAGCAAGGGCUGAGCGAGAGAGGGUCCUUCGUUUGAUUGAGCACGAUAAAGCAGAGAGGAAGGAGAGAGAAGAACAAAGGAAACGCACAGCCAUUGUUGAAACUGCAAACCAUUCGGGCACUGAUAGGCAAGAGCAUGGACAGCCUCCUAUACUGGAUCCAGCGCAACAGCGGAUUCUUAAACACAGAUCUUCGAUGAGCUCGAGCGACUGCUCUCUGCAGAUUCGAUUGAUGGAUGGAAGCUCAAUUCGAUCUAGGUUUCUUAGUACUGAUACGCUUGGCUCAAAUGUCAAACCAUGGAUAGACCGACAAAGGUCUGAUGGAGGCACCCCUUAUUCAUUGAAGCAAAUCCUGAGUCCAGCGCCAAAUCGUACGCUGUCAAUCACAGAGGAACGCAACACUCUGCAAGAGCUCGGUCUCCUACCUACGUGUACCCUAGUUCUUGUUCCUAUUCACGGUUAUACCACUGUCUACAAUCAGAACAAUGGCAUUGUCUCUAAAGGACUAUCCACGUGCUACAACGGCAUAUCCGCAGUAGUCAAGCUCAUCAUGACGGUCUUGCUCGCGCUCUUGGAAAUACUUCAUCUGAAGCCUUCACGACGUACUAUGCACGAGAACGAGCAAGAUGCACAACAUCAUAAUCUUAAGAAACCUACGCCAGGGACGACUUCGGGCAUCAAGAUUCACGGACUGCGUGACCAGCGCGAUAGAGACGAAAAACAGUACUAUAAUGGGAAUCAGCUAAAUUUCGAGCCUCGAGAGGAUGACGAUGAGAAGAAGUAG